AUGGACUUGGUUGAUGUGAGAGUUGAGAGAUAUCAACACCUGAGAGGACUUGCAUUUGCAGAAUCAUAUCCGCUCGAUGGAGAAAUUGAUGUCUUGAUUGGAGCCGACUAUUAUUACCUACUGGUAGACGGAACUGUUAGGAAGGGACCCCCAGGAACACCUACUGCAGUUAAAACCAGCCUUGGAUGGGUACUUUGUGGUCCCGCUGGUUCCCAGGAGAAAGCGCUAGUUACUACGUCAAUGUUUGUCGCCACCAAAAGGGAGAAUGUUGCAUUCGAGCUUCAACGGUUUUGGGAGUUGGAAUCUAUUGGUAUUGUGAAUGACCAAUGCGUGAAAAUGUCUGUUGAAGAUAGGGAUGCCAUAAAGACGUUUGAGGACUGCCUGUCUUUUGAUGGAGAACGUUAUACGGUUGGGAUACCGUGGAAAGAGAAUUGUCCAGAACUGAAGGAUAAUUACAGCCAGGCGCUGCGGAGAUUGGAGUCAGUCGAAAGAAGAUUAAAAGUUGGCAAUCAAAGCAGUUUGAACUACAAGGAAGCGAUAGAGCAGUAUGAAAACAUGGGUUUUUCGGAAAAGGUCAAGAGUGACGCUGAUCCGGCCAAGACUGUCUACUACCUUCCUCAUCAUGCAGUAGUAAGAGAGGAUAAAACUACAACCAAGACAGGAAUCGUAUUCGAUGCAUCGGCACGUGAUAAGCAUGGCGUGUCAUUGAACGAUUGCCUACACCAAGGUCCCGCCUUACAGCCAAACCAAUACGGCGACGUGAAGAAGAUGUUUCUUCAAAUCAAGAUUAGAGAGGAGGAUCGUGAAUGGGAACAUCGAUACCUAUGGAGAGAUGGGAACUCAGACCGGCCUCCAGAGAUCUACAGAAUGAACCGAGUCACAUUUGGGGUAAAUGCGAGUCCAUUUCUUGCCAUAGCGACCGUGAAGCAUCACACUCGAAGGCUUGAGAAGGUUUACCCGCAAGCGGCAAGAGAGAUCCAAGAUAAUAUGAAUGUUGACGACUGCCUGUCGGGAGCAGCUGGAGCCCCACAAGCUUUAGACCUGAAGACAGAUCUAAAGGAUUUGAUGAGAGAUGGUGGUUUUGAUUUGACCAAGUGGGCUAGUAACUACAAAGAAGUUACGGAACAAAUAGAACCUCAGGAUAGAGCUCCAUCCGAUGUGAUUGACAUGAGCACGGGUGAGUCACUAAAGACACUAGGAAUUGCAUGGACUACGUCAGAUGACACCUUUCGCUUCCCAACGGUGAAGAAUUUGAUUGACUUGGAGGAUCCUGAAACAAAACGGAGUCUCUUAAGUAUCGCAUCAAAAAUAUUUGGUCCCAUGGGAAUGCUAUCACCUUAUGUCAUCAGAGCAAAGUUGCUUUUCCAAGAGUUAUGGCAGAAGGGUUUAGGCUGGGAUGAUACAUUGGAUGAGACAACAGCACAGAAAUGGUGCAUAUGGAAAGGAGAGCUGAAGGAGUUGGAUCAAUUGGAGAUUCCCCGAUGUUUACCCCUGGGACUAGGAGAAAUCUCAAGCAUUGAACUUCAUGGAUUUGGAGACGCAUCAGAGAAGGCGUACGGAGCAGCGGUAUACAUCAGAGUGGUAGACCAGAAUGGGUAUACCGCAACAAGAUUGGUGAUGUCAAAGUCAAAAGUAGCGCCAGUGAAGAAAGUGUCACUACCUAGACUUGAACUUCUAGCAGCUGUAGUAAAUACAAGAUUAGUUAAGUUCGUCAAGGAGUCACUAUCAAGAAACAUAGACAGAGUUACAAUGUGGACAGACAGUACAGUAACACUUGCUUGGAUACGCAAGCCUAGGCAUGUCUGGAAGACGUUUGUAGCUAAUAGAGUGGAGGAAAUCCAAACGACUUGGGAACCUGAGUUAUGGAGACACUGUCCAGGAGAAGAUAAUCCUAGCGAUUUGUUGACUCGUGGAUUGCCAGCAGAAGACUUAUUCAAUCGUGAGGAAUGGUGGAGUGGACCUCAGUGGUUACCAUUGUCGACAGAUAUGUGGCCCAAGGGAAAGUUGUCAGAUGAGUCGAGUGAAGAUCUAGAGGAGAAGAAGACAACAACCAGGUCCAAUGUGGCCAUCGUUGAGGAGCCUCCCAAGGAUGCGCCAAUAGAUGCUAGCAGAUAUGGUUCAUGGAACAAGCUUACCCGAGUGACAGCGAGAGUCUUUUGGGUCAUACAAAAGUGGAGGGGGAGAAUCCAGGAUGAUGAAAAUACAGCUGGAAAGAUACCAACACUCAACGUUGAAGAUAUCACAAAGGCAGAGUUCUACUGGUAUCGCCACAUUCAGAGGAGCACAUAUAAAGACGAAAUCCAGACAUUGGAGAACAGAGGUGUUCUUAGGAAGAGUCGCAUCCUUAAAUUUGAUCCCAAAUUUGACGAAGUCAACAAAGUGCUCAGAGUAGGCGGCAGGUUACAGAACUCGGAGUUGAAAGAGGAGACCAAGCACCAAGUGAUACUUCCGCACAACCAUCCAAUCGUGGACAAAAUAGUCAUGGACAUGCAUGAGGAGUGCAUGCAUGCAGGAUCGGAAACAGUUGUAACCAACUUGAGAAGCAAGAUUUGGGUAACUCAGGUCAGGAGGGAUGUCAAGAGGAUUCUAAACAAAUGUCUUAUCUGUGAAGUACAAAGAGCAUGUCCAUCCAAACAGAAGAUGGCGCCGCUUCCUUCAGAUAGAGUAUCUUUUUCGCCUGCCUUCUCAGUGGUUGAUGUAGAUUUUGCUGGGCCGUUGUACGUACUCGAGGUACGUGGAAAAGACAAGCCGGAGAAGGUGUAUAUUUGCCUCUUCACCUGUGCGACGUCGAGGAUGGUACAUCUAGAGUUGACUCAUCGACUAACAACAGACGAGUUUCUUCAGGCAUUUAGGAGAAUGGUUAACCGCCGAGGGAUCUGCAACACAAUGUGGUCUGAUAAUGCGCGAACAUUCAAGUCUGCAGGAUCUUUCAUCAAAAAGGUCUUCGUUAGGGCAAAUAGCAUCAAAGAAACAGAUUUGGAUACAGAUGCUUUGACUACGCAGUUAGCUGCCAAGGGGAUAGAAUGGAAAAUUAUCGUUGAGCGAGCUCCAUGGCGAGGUGGCUGGUGGGAGCGGUUAGUUCGGUCAGUCAAGGAGUCAUUGAGGAGAGUGUUAGGAAAGGCACUUCUUAAAUAA